AUGCUAGAAAUGGCAUAUGCGAGAAGGAAGAGCGGAAAGCUGACUGGCUGGUGGAAGGGCCUAGUUAUGGGUCUGAUACUGGAAUGCUGUGUCGGCAUUAGCCGAGCAGGUCUUGCAUGUGCUGCGGCUGGGAUGCGCGGCACCCUAUCUGCAAACCCUGGUGAUACGUUGCAGCAUGUCCAACGAAGAAGCCCAGACUUGCCAAAGUACCUCACCCUAUCUGCACAUCCGAGCAACACAUUGCAGGAAAUCCAAAAGAAGAACAAGGACAUCGGAAAGUUGUUGAAGAAGACUCCAUGGCCGAAGUUGGAGCGUUUUUCGGCAAACGGACGUACCUACAGCCUGCCUUUGCGAGCCGGCAGCAGACAGCCGUCAGAUAGUCCUGCGAAAGCCAGGCUUGCUUGCUUGGCCGGUUUUUUCGACGGGAAUGGCUGCGUUUCUUAUGCGACAAAUCUGACCGGAGCCAUGUUGACGGUUUGCCAGUCUUGGGACCAAGCGGAAGUUCUGAUGAUCUUGCGAGAGACACUCGGUGGGAGCAUCACGCGCAGGCACCGUGGCGUGGGUUUGACAAAACCAGAGCUUCAGUGGCGGGUAUGCGGCGGCUCGGCCAGACGCGCAGCUCAGCUCUUGGCACCGCACAGCAUCGCCAAGCAGAAACAGUUGUUGAUGGCAGUCCAGUGGCCCGAGACGAAGUCUGCCAGAGAGCAGUCUAGGGACGAGCUGCGCGCUCUGAAGAAGUACGAUUCAGCAACAGCCGGGCGUUGUAGCUGGGACUACUGCGCAGGUUUUUUUGAUGCUGAGGGGCAUAUCGAGCAGCCGGGUGCAGUAGCCUGCUUGCGCCUGAGAAUCGUCCAAAAGCACCCCCAAGUCCUGAACUGUCUUCGCAGUUUUCUGUCCCGAAGCCUAGGCAUUGAUGCAACCCUUGGAAAACCACGCGCGUCCAAAUAUGAGAUGAGAAUCAGCGGUCUGUCACAUUGCAAGCGGAUGUUGCAACACAUGUUGGCCACUGGGUUGGUGUGUAAAGCAAAGCAGGCAGAAAUUGCAAUGGGCCUGACAAAGCAGAAUGCAGCGCAAGUAAACGCUCGGCUGGCAUGCCUGAAUGGAAACCGGCAGUUUGGAAUGAGUCGGGAUGCUGCAGGUCGAGAGAGAGCAAGAAGGAUCAAUGUUGCACAGAAACAGGCAGCUUCCCUGAAGCGACGCAGGAGGCUGAAAGAUGCGGAGGACAAGUUGCACGAGGUUGCACGCCUCAAGUCAAUGGACCGUCUACUCAAUGCCCGCCGCAAGAACCAGCAGCUGAUUGAGUACAUUCGCAAACUGCAGAGUUUGCUCGAUAGUUCAUGGAAUGGGUCCCUUGCGCCGGGCAUGUGA